UUUAAAUUAUCUUUUAGUAAAUAAUUAUCUUCGAUGGAUAAUAAAUUAUUACUAAUAAAAAUGAAAAUCAUGAUUAGAAUAAAUAGGGACACUGUAUAUACAUUUUUUUAAUUAAUUGGAAUUUUACAGAUUUCUCCGUUUCACCGUUAGAUAUCCAUAGCUUUCAAUUUUUAACGAUCCCUACCGUACCAGCUGUGAGACAGAGUAAAUUUAUUGUGAUACCUUAAGAGUUAAUAUAUGGGAGCGCUAGGUUUAUAUUUAAAUCAUUUGCUCUUUUUUUAAUUUCUUUAGAAAUAAUCUAUUCAAUCAUUAAUAUAGAGUAUAUGAUUUAUUCCGCUACAGGUUAAAUGUUUCCAUGGAAACCAUCUUUGCGCUGAUUCAUCCAUAUAUAGAUCAAACCUGUGAACCCGCCUCUUUAAAAGAACGCUGAUCCUUCAGAAGCACAACAGUAUUUUUGAAAUUGGAAAAAUACAAUGCCGAUCAAACGACCGCCUGAAAUAGCUCCACCACCUCCAUUGAAAUUUAGUUUGCAUCAAUGGCAUCUAAAUAAUCGCCACAGGUAUCGAUGUUCUGAAGCACAGCAGGAACUAGCAGAUCGGCUACUUAACGAAUCUCAGCGUGUUUGCGAAUUAAGCUCCGAGAAAGUACGAAACAAUAAAGAAGAAACAGAUCACAGGCUAAAAGAAAAAAUCGAGGACAUCGAAUUUCGUAAAAAAGAACUGCUGCGUAUAAGGAAGGAAGUUCUCCUUGAAAUCGAUGCUUUGUCAAUAUACAAGGAGCGUAUCAUGGAUGCUCUGUCAUCCGUGAGGAAAAACGCUUUUGUCAUUUGCGAAAAAUGCCUCAUUCUUAGAGAGCAUAGAUUAGGAAUUGAUUUAGUUCACGACGACAUAGAAAAAGAAUUAUUAAAAGAAUGUGAGGUGAUCAAAGGCGUCGAAAGUUUAUUAGUUCGGACUCUGGAACAAACGCAGGAACAAAUACGUCGUCUUAAAGCGACGCUUUAUUACAUGGAUCAUGAACUCGAGGAUAAAGAAAAUAAUUUGCGCAUUGACAAGCACAACUUGACUUUGAAGGAGACCAAUUUAAAUUUAAGUAUUUAUCAUGGUACAUCGCGACUUGAUCCAUCAACGAUAGAGUUGAACGAAUGGGAAAUGCAGACUAAUAACAAUAUCGUUAGCGCUUCGAAAGAGGUAAAUAGCGCUAGACCAUUGCGCUGUUAUAUCGAUACAAUCAUAAAGCAAGUGAUCGAUGAUCUAAAUGACCAGAAAAAUGCUACUGACGAGGCCUUCAGGCGGCGCAUCGAGGAAACGAAAGAAGCGAAAAUAAAAUUAGAAUUACAACACGCUGAGAUCAUGCGACAAGCAGCGGAAAUGAAGGAUAAUAUUACACGCAUUGAGAAAUCAAUCGCGGAGAAGGAAAGUUUUUUAGCUUUGGCGCAUACGAGACUCGGUAAUCGUUGUCAAAGGCCAGGAUUAGAACUUACACGAGAUCUAGUGGAAAUUAAUCUUGUAAAGGAAGUAUAUGAUUUACGUGAGAUUGUGUCGAAACUACAAGCAACGAUAUUCGAGUCUCAGGCAUCGCUGCGUUAUUUACUUAAAACACAAAUUCAAAUCGAGGAAGAUAUCAAUGUUAAAAUAAACACGUUAAAAAUCGAUGAGGUCGACUGCAUGACUCUUCGUCAAAGCAUGGAUUAUCAUACAUAUUAAAUUAAUUCGAGCAGCGAAUGAAUCCAUAAAAAUUUUUAUGUAAUAAAAUGCAAAAAAAGAA